AUGGGUAGGAAGCGCCGGUCCCCUGACAAAGCGACGCAGCCGUCCGGGAGGGAGCAGGGGGACGAGCUCACCUUCUCGGUCCAGUCGAUGCAAAGGCCGAGCCGCCAUGAAAGACGCGGAGACGAGCCCUACGACAGCCGGAUCCUUCGCUGCGUGGUGGUCUCGCCCGCUGUGCGGCAGAUCUACAGGUACAAAUCACCCUUGGAGCUGCUCAAGGCGCUCCGCGACGCGAUCAAGGCAUACCAAUGGCUCUACCUGGAUGGGAAAAUUCUAUACCGGGAUAGCUCGGAGAACGACAUCGUCACCACGGACCCAGCAAAGGCGGAUGGCAGUACCGGAAUACUCAUUGACCUGGACCUUGCCAAGGAGGUCGGCAGCGGGCGAAGCAGCGCACGGCACCAGACCGGCACGAGGGAGUUCAUGGCCAUCGAUGUGCUGCUUACCAUUGAUCAUACUUAUCGACACGACCUUGAAUCCUUCUUCUACGUGUUGAUCUGGCAGUGCGCCCAUCAUGGGUGGGGAAAAUCAGGAUUCGACCGGCCCAAAGACACUAUGCUAAAGGAGUGGUACACUGGAAAUUAUGAAAAAAAAUCGCAAACAGCAAACGAGGCAACAUGGAGACUGGCGGGUUUGAACGUAUUGUGA